AUGGCUGGUAGAAAGUUCAGAGUUGUUGUAGUCGGCGGUGGCCCUGUGGGCUUAACUAUGGCCCACACGCUCUCGAAAGCCGGAAUCGAAUUUGUCGUACUCGAGCGUAGACCGAGUGUCUUCGAAGAUGCCGGUGCUAGCCUGGUUAUUGGCCCUCACGGGAUGCGCGCCUUCAAGCAACUUGGACUUUACGAACGACUUCGCGAGAUAAGCGUAGAGUUCACCGACUCGCGGACAUGUACUGAAGACGGCCGCGAGUAUAACACGAUAUCGGUUCGCGACGAGUUCACGGCUGAUUUUGGCUGUUCGAGCAGCGUUUUCAACCGGGCCGAGUUGAUUCAGGCAAUCUACGAGGGCCUAAGUGAAUCCGACCAGGCUCGUGUCUUGACUGAUAAGAAAGUAACCGAUGUUACAUCUGACGACUGGGGCGUGACUGUUCGUUGUGCGGACGGAACACGGUACGAUGCAUCUAUUGUCGUCGGCGCCGAUGGUGUUCACAGUGCUGUUCGAAAACAUAUGCGUAGCAAUGCCUUGAAGGCUUCACCCAAAAUGCAAAUCGAUCCGGAGAAGCCGUUUUUGGCCGAGUAUAGGAUGUUAUGGGCCUCAUUUCCCUUGCAGGGUGAUAAACACGACGGCCCACCGGGCUUGGGAGGAAGCACGCAUUGCAGUGACCAUGCUUUACAAUAUGUCCUUGGACAUAACCGAGGCUGGAUCUUCAUUUACGAGCGUCUUUCAACCCCGACUAGAGAACCUACUAGGUACACGGAGGAGGAUGUUAUUGCGUGUGGCGAGCGGUGGGGAGAUGUGGCCUUUGGUAAGAAGUUGAAGGUAAAAGACGUUUUCUCAAAGCGUAUCCACGCAGGUAUGACCAACCUCGAGGAGGGAGUACUGAAGCGGUGGUACUGGGAUCGAAUUGUUCUCGUCGGCGAUGCUGCACACAAAUUCACACCGAACCCUGGGCAAGGAUAUAUGAAUGGCAUGCAAGAUGUUCUUGCUCUUACCAACAUUCUACAUAGUGUCCUGAAACCAUACCGCGACGACGCAAACGGAGAGUAUGACGGCAAGGGGCCGAAUACUAAGAUAUUGUCCGCUGCAUUCAAGCGGUACCAAGACGGGAGACUAGCGGGCGCCCAUCAAGGCUGUGACCUUUCGGGCCACGAAAUACGAAAGCAGACACAGCGGACGACUUGGCUCUGGUUGCUUGACACCUGGAUGAUGCCGUACUUCCCGAAGUGGGCGGACUCUUGGAUGCUGGAACUUGCCUUCAAGAGGGCCAUACGCAACGGGCUGGUGCUGGAUUUUGUGGACGGCGAGGAGACGAUCAAGGGAAAUGUUGCUUGGGCUCAUCCUAUGCCAAACCCAGCUACUCGGGCAUUAUUGGCUAAGAAGGCCCAAGGGAACCUAGUGGCCCCUUUUCUAAGUGUGGUGGGUAUUUGUGGCAUUGCACUGGCGGCGUCGAUGGCUCUCACUAGCCGUUAUAGAUUGCCUAUCCUUGAGAAACUACCUAUAUGGUAG